AUUUCCUUUUUCAUUUUCAUCUACCUUUUGUUUACAAACGCAUGAGUGAUGAAAAUUUGUAACCCACUGUAGCAAUUUCAAUCCAACAUGUUCGAUGUUGCAACAAAAAAUUUAAUCGGCUUGGUUGGUAUUAAAUGUUCAAGAAGUGUUUAUCUUGUUCUGCUGUUGGUUUAAUUAAAGUAAUAAUAAUUUUCUGCGUUUAGCUUGAAAGUUUAUUGUAUUUUGAACAAAUUAGUAUAUUUAACAAUUCAAUUUAUCAUUCAGUAAAUUUCUAUUGGGCUUUAAAAGAAAUCGCAAAUAAAUUCAAUCGUCAAGAAAAAAAAAAAAAAAAUACACAAGUACUCUCAAGUGUAUUAUGUCUCCUAGUGUUGCCGUCGCAUCUUUAUAAAAUAGUAUUUUUUUUUUAUAAAAAUGAGCCAAAAUUCAGAUUCAUCAGAAACCUCAAUUUUCCUUGAUAUUUUGGAAAAAUAUAAAUUUAUUUUAAAACGAGCAACAAAUAGCGCAAGUCACUUGAAACACAAAGCUGCCCGAAAUGCACUAACAAAAGAAUUCAAUCAAAAAUGCAUGACAAAACUGACGGUUAAGCAAAUUCUGAGAAAAAUAAAUAAUUUUAAAUUUCGUCUGAGAGAAAAGAAUUUCCAAGGUUCGUGUAAAAAUGAAAAACCUCGUUUUACUCCCAUGGAAGAGAGAUUUUUAAGUUUAUGGGGUGGUGAUGAUGAAAUCGAUUUAUCAAAAAAAGGUGAAAAGUCAACAUCUGAGCAGAGUUCAAUACGGGAGAGGAAAUACUAUCCAAAAUCAGAAAAUUCGGAUAAAUCACCAAUUCACACGAACAUUGAAGAGAUCACUGAUCAGAUUCAAGAUCCUGAGGUUAUAUUAAAGAUUGAACGUUGUGAGCCAUCUCCUGAUGAAACUUUAGAAGUUACAGAAAUUUAUCAUGUCGACAAAGAGGAACCAUCACAUUCAAUUUCUGAAAUAUCAAAUUUAAAUAAUUGGGAUAUGGAAUCGGAUUCUGAUUCAGAAACGAGUUUUUAUGAAAAUGAUGAUGAUCCUUAUGCCCAAAUGACUUUAGACGAACUCAAAAGAGCUGUUCUGAUAUCGCAAUCAAAGAUGUUCAAAGCAGCUGAAGCUUCAGCAAGAGCAAAGGAGAAACUUAAGUUAUUUGAGUUAUCGCUUUUGCAGCGAAAUAAUGGAAAUGCAAGACGAUUUUGUUUUUAAAUUUGGUGACAAAAGUAAAACAAACAGCUUUUUUUUAUAAACAUUAAACAUUAAUUUGGUCAACAUAAAACAAAAAUAAAUAAUGAAUGAGCU